GUCAAGUCCAUGGGACACAAACAAGGAAUCAUAGAAAAACUAAAUCCAAGAAGAGAAACGAACUAAGCUACAAUUGGCAGCAAGAAAUGUUGACCGUGUUGGGGAACAAUGCAAAGAAAAUCCAGAUCCUUAAUUGGCCACGGACCCAUUACCGCGGACUCUUGGCACUGAUUAAAUCCGAUAUCAAGGCCAAUAACUCACAUGCUCAGGAAAUGGACACACCGGUCCCCAUGAAACUACCGCAUUUUAUACACAGGAAGUGUGUUCAAAAUCAAAAUCAGCUUGUAGAUGGAAAGGGAAGGAAGUUCACCUACAACUAUCACCCAUUUUCUAUUUACGAUUUAAGUGAAGCCACUUUGCGUGCGAAGCAGGCAACUACCAAGUACUACAAAUAUAUUGAACAGAUCCAAAAGUCAGAGAUUGAAUACGUAAACAAGUAGUUGUUCCAAGCAAUGCACGUAAUAUGAAAAUUAUCAGAAUAAAAUAAAAUAAAAAGAAGUAGUUGUAUUA